AUGCCGCAGCCGUGUGGGGUGUGUACGACGACCGAGGCCAAGUACAGGUGCCCGACAUGUCGCAUACUCUAUUGCAGUCUCGCGUGUUCGAAGACGCACAAUGAGACGCCGUGUGCACCGUUACCGGCUCCGGAGAAGCCGCGAGAGUCUACAGUUACUUCAGCGCCAUCGAUUUCAAUGGACGAAAAGCGCGAGCGACUUACUGAGGAACAGAUGGGAACACUCGAGACAUGUGCGAGUGUAAAGAAAUGGCUCGCGAACCCGGCGAUUACCACGGCAUUGACUCAGAUUGAGUGCAGUCAGGACAAGACGAAAGCGCUCGAGAAAGCGUUACUGGACCCGCCAUUUGCCGAGUUUAUGUACCACGCGCUGGAUCAAGUGGUUACUCUGAAGUAA